CCUUUCCAGAUUAUGAUCCUUCCCAUUUGAAUCCACCUUUUUCUUCAUUCUCUCCUCCAUUUUCUUUCAAAUUCUUUUGUUUUCUUCUUUCUCCGCAAAGAAGAAACAAGAGAACCCGAUAGGAAACAGAAAAGUAAUGAACCCCUGGAUUAUCGGCAGCGACCAUCUCAGAUUUUCGUCAAAGGUCGCAACAUUUCUCUGUCAGAACCAGGGCACCCCAAUUUUCCGAACUUGUAGAAGUGGGCUUCUUGUGAUUUGGGGGAAUCAAAAGAUAGAAAAAAAAAAGACUUGGAUUCUUGCGAUCAGGUGAGGGAUAGAGGAAGAAACCGGGUUCUGAAAAAGUGCGAAUUACUCGAUAGAUGGCUGCAUUGGAAAUUGAUAGCGUGGAGUGUGUUUCUUCAAUAGAUGGAAAUGAAGACGAAGAGAUAGUUUCUCACACCAAGCAACAUGCUCUUCCCCAUCAGUAUUCCUCCAAGCCCCAUGGCACGGUUGCUGUUGGACUGGUGCCCACUAGCGUCCAUGAGUUGCUCGAGUGCCCUGUUUGUACUAAUUCUAUGUACCCACCCAUCCAUCAGUGUCACAACGGGCACACACUCUGUUCAACUUGCAAGUCAAGGGUGCAUAAUCGCUGCCCUACUUGCAGGCAAGAGCUCGGUGAUAUCAGGUGUUUAGCACUAGAGAAAGUCGCGGAGUCACUAGAGCUUCCCUGCAAGUUCUUCUCACUGGGAUGUGCUGAAAUAUUCCCGUAUUACAGCAAACUCAAGCACGAAGCAGUUUGCAACUUCAGACCAUAUAGUUGUCCAUAUGCUGGAUCAGAGUGCUCGGUCACAGGAGACAUUCCUUGCCUGGUUGCACAUUUGAGAGACGACCACAAAGUGGACAUGCACACAGGGUCUACCUUCAAUCACCGCUAUGUUAAGUCAAACCCACGUGAAGUAGAAAACGCAACAUGGAUGUUAACGGUAUUCAAUUGUUUUGGGCAAUAUUUCUGCCUCCACUUUGAAGCGUUCCAGCUCGGAAUGGCGCCCGUGUAUAUGGCAUUUCUACGUUUCAUGGGCGAUGAAACUGAAGCGCGCAACUACAGCUAUAGUUUAGAGGUCGGAGCAAAUGGGAGGAAACUGAUAUGGGAGGGGACGCCACGCAGCAUUCGCUGUAGCCACCGCAAGGUGAGGGAUAGUCACGACGGUCUGAUCAUCCAACGGAACAUGGCGCUGUUUUUCUCAGGAGGAGACAAGAAGGAGCUUAAGCUUAGAGUUACGGGAAGAAUCUGGAAGGAACAGCAGAACCCGGACGCAGGAGUCUGCAUACCAAAUCUUUCUAUCUAACCAAUUUCUUUCUCUUUUUUUUGCCUCUUUCAAUUUUGAUUCAUUGCGUGGUUGCUUGUAUGUAUGAUAUUAACGUCUCUGCUUGCUUCCUAAUCUGUAACUUUGCCAAACAAUUGAUUUGUGAAAUGACUCUCUCAACAUCAUCUUCCUA